GUGGCCUGAGUGUGACGUCAAAAGCCGGCGCCUACAACUGCAGUGACCUUCUGUGCGACCGCCACUCACUCAACGUUGGUGUCCCGUAGCGGCGAGAGGCAUUUACCUGGGCGAUUUUAUUCCCGAAGACUGAAAAGUACAGCUGACUAUGGGAGACGUCGAAAAGGGAAAGAAGGUGUUUGUGCAGAAGUGUGCCCAGUGCCACACAGUGGAAAAUGGGGGCAAGCACAAGGUGGGGCCCAACCUCUGGGGUCUGUUUGGACGCAAGACGGGCCAGGCUCCGGGCUACUCCUACACUGAUGCCAACAAGAGUAAAGGUAUCGUGUGGGGUGAAGACACCCUGAUGGUGUACCUGGAGAACCCCAAGAAGUAUAUUCCUGGAACCAAAAUGAUCUUUGCCGGCAUCAAGAAGAAGGGAGAACGCCAGGACCUGAUCGCUUAUCUCAAAUCAGCCACAUCAUGAAGUCCACGUGCACGUCCAUGUCAUUUGGAAAGAUGCUUGAUGAAGGAGAUCCAAGUGUCUUAACUUAUCAUCUGUGUUCAUAUUGAUGGGUUUUCAACAUGAAACUGUCUAAGGUUCCUCGUUUUGUUUAGAUAGAUUUACCACUAAAGCAGCCCUUCUGACGUCCGCCAUUGUUAAAUAUGAUUGACAGUAAACACCAGACGGGUUUGAUGGAUGAAGCUUUUACUUACCUGGUUUCACAGGCUGGAAAGAGUCUUUUAACUUAUUUUACUGUCGUGUAAUAUUAUAAUACAAUGAAUACUGUAUACACUUUGGAAGUCAACUUCUACUGUAUUGACUGAAGGAUUAUUAAACACAAGAAUGUUUGCUCCA